AUGGACAAUUCUACGCUCCCUGUGGAGGCCACUUUAUCCGUCCCUGAAGCGCGCUACAACAUGCGCAAGCGUCCUGCCAAACCGAUCACGGAGUCUUCCAAGCGCGUCCAUCGUACUCGCGGCGGUCUCGUCUCCUUGCGGAAAACACCAAAAGACCUCGUCUCCAUGCAAGGAGGCACCCGCGAAUGGCGCCACCUCAACAGCGAUAACGACGUCUUCCGGUCAACACCUGCCAACAUCGCCCUACCGCGCGUCUGUCGUCAAAUUUACUCCGAAACAGCUACCCUAGUAUACUCCGAGAACUUGUUUUCCUUUAACAACGUCUUUGAACUCGAUCGCUUUGUCGCUUCACGCAAACAUGCUCAGCUCGAAGCCAUGACGAUGAUUAUGGUUGAUAUAAGUUGGGGCGCGUUUCAGAGUGGAAGCGAGGCUCUGAAGAUGGUGCUUAGGAGCCUGGGUAGAUGCAAGGGGUUGAAGAAACUGUAUAUGGGAGAGCUUAGGGGUCUAUGGAGCACCAAGAAGGAGUUUGCUCGUGUGAAAGAAGCGGAAGCUGCAGUUGCAAAAGGCCAGGCAGGUGAUAUUGAGGUUAUAUUUGUGUCGCCAUACACAUUGGAACCUCUGCCGUGGUCAUAG